AUGGCUGCCGACAUCAGCCAUGUGCAGCAGUUGCUGAAGUAUCUGGGUUCUGACUUCCUGGAGGCUGAGGUCCGUCAGAUCUUUCGUACGCAAGGCUGGUGGCAGGAGAAAAUCAAGGCUGCAGAGAAGUCUGCAUCCGCCGAUCGUGAAUCGGCCCCCGUUCUCCAAAAGUGUGCGGAGAAUGUGUGCCAAGCUGUCGGCGCGGAGCAGAAGUUCAUCGCUUUGCAGGCAGCAUACACUGCCUGCUUGGAGCGAGGUCCCCUGCUUCGCCCCGGUGCAACCAUGGAGUUGGAAGGCGUGAUGCUCGACCACAUCGUGGCCUUCACGGACGCAGUCUUGGCUAUGGGCCCGGAGGAACAGCAUGCCGCACACAUCGACCUCGAGAUCAUCCACAAGAUCCUCAACCACGCCGUGGGAAUGGAGGACGGCGACACGGAGCCGGGGUUGAAGUACGCGGACGCGUUGAGACGACUCAAUGCUUGGAAGGAGGAGAAUGAAGGAGUGAUACGCCAGGUGCGAUUGAAGCAGUUCCACGCAAACGUGAUGCAGGAUAGCGAUGCUUUCAGCUUCGGAAUGUUCCAGAAGAUCGUGCAGCUGUUGUCCUUCGACGAAACUUCCCCGAAUGAGUUGAAGAUACAGCUCAUUGAGCCCGUGGCUGUCAUGCUUCUGCAGCUGCACGACAAGGUCUUUGCGGAGCUCGACCUUGCCAAUGUCGAAGCGUUGGGCAAGGAGCUCAUGAGCAUGAAGAGCAUGUGUCACCGAAUGUGUUCUGCGCAGCUCCUGCCGCGCGAAUGGAUGGAGCUUCAGCUGGGUCUGGUGCAAGAGUAUGUGAACUACAGGUCCGUGACCGCACGCCUGGGUCCCGACUACAUGGAUGUGCAAGCCCAAACAGAUGUCAAGCUGAAGACUGCCAUCGCCCAAGCGCUGGGACACCUGCGCAGCUUGCAAGCUGCAGUCAAGAAGGCUGCAAAGCUCGUCGAUGCCCGCAAGGCAGGCUCUGAAGGAGAGCCAAUGCAGCCGAG